CUGAUCUUGAGUGGUAGACUGAUGUCUUAUCACUUCAGCUUCCAGUCAUUAUAAUAUAGUUAUGGUUAUGGAUAUUCAUCAGUUUAAUUUUAGUUGGAUUAAUAUUAUACGGAAUAGUCCAUAGUGAUCCUAAUAAGACUUUUAAUAAUCCUUAUUUACGUAUCUCAAAUAUUUAUUGGUGGAUGCUUUCUAUAUUUAUAGGACAAGCUUCAGACAUGGAAAAUACUUUAACAAAGUGUAGAUUUAUCAUAGGGCUUUCCAGACUUUGCUUCGUUGCCUUAUUAUCUGCUUACAGUGGAAUGCUAAUUUCUCAUUUGUCAUUUCCUAUUUUUACUGAAGUACUCGAUAAAUUUGAAAAAUUAGCAAUUAAAGUUGAAAAUGGAGAAUAUGAAUGCGGUUCGAUGAAAGGCACAGCAAUUGAAUCUUUAUACAUUCAUUCACACGAAGGCUUAUUAAGAAUCUUAGGAAAUGUAAUGAAUAAGGAUGAAAAUCGAUGCGUAAAUGUGAAACAAGCCCUUGAAAAAGUCAUGACUGAAAAAUAUGCUUUUGUUCUCGUUAAUCACAUAUUACACUUUAUUACUCUGAAAGCAGGACCAGAAAAUUAUCAUAUUUCUGAAGGAAUUUUCUCAUUUCCUUCCAGUAUUUCUUUAAGUAGAAAUUUUCCGUUGAAGAGGGAAUUUCAUAAAUUGAUUCAGAGAACAUUUGAAGCUGGAAUUACAAAUAGAUUCUUGGCUAUUGAAACAGAAAUGAUAUCGAUCAAAAGAAAAGAUCAUCCACAAGAAGAACUGGAACAUCAAAUUGUAAUUGAAGAUCUUGUCAGUGCUUUUAUAUUGUUACUGAUUGGAUAUAUAUUUGCUAUUUUAUGUUUUAUUUUGGAAUUACUUUGUGAACGCCUCACUAAUGUUAAUUUAAGAUGUGAUGGAAGCUUUCUUAAUUAAUUACGACUAAAGAUAAAG